AUGACAUCCAGCAGGCGGAGGUUAACAAACUGGGAGAUCCUCAGAGGCUUACGAACUCGGCUCGACCACGCAGGAGGUAGUUGGGUUGACGAGCUCUCAAGUGUCUUGUGGGCACUUUGCAUGACUCCAAAUGAGGCGACCGACGUAACACCAUUCCAGCUAGUGUACGGAGGAGAAGCAGUGGUUCCUAUAGAGGUUAGAGUAGAAUUCAACCGGGUGCGACUCUACGAUGAGGGAAAUGGAAAGCGAAUGUUAAUGGAGCUCGACUUGGUGGAUGAAGCGCGGGAUAAAGCGGUCGUUCAGGUAAUGGCUUACCGACAGCAGAUGAGGCAGAACUAUAAUAGGAGGGUGAUCCCGAGGUCCUUCUAG